AUCUAUUGCACUUAGGUAAAGGUAAGUAUCAUUUCUGUCUGGACUUUCCAGAGUUUCCGCGCCUGCUACAAAUUUGGUGCCGUUGAUCAGGUACCGACUUUUUUAUUUAUUUUUUUAUUCUUUUAAGCUUUCAGCCAUGAACGAGUCGUGAGCCUAGAAGAAAAAAACGGUAUUCCCACCUCUCACCCCACGUUUCCAUACCGCUUAAUACAGCACCAUCUGCGGUUCCGUAUCCGAUUUCUGUCUCCCGUGCACCAUCCACUUUUUCACACCAAACUUUUCUGCUCGGUCAUGUAGCUCUGUCCGACGAUGGCUUCCACUCUCAGACGCAGGGCGCUUGGUGCCGAUAACUCAUCCGAGUCUUCAUCGUCGCUGGCGGCGACACCGAGAGACGAAAGUCCGGCGAAGCCGAAAGAUAAUGUUACGAUCGUACACGAGCAGAAGCCAAAGACGCGCAAGCGGCGUAAUACGUUUAUAUUCUUAAUGGGCAGCUUGUUUGGUCUUAUAGCUGCUGGGUUCCUGGCGAAGAAUAAUGACUUAAUUGAGCUUCCGGAGAUUGGCGAACUUAGUAUGGAUAGUUUUCUUGACGUGCUGCCAGCUGGUCUGGUCAAAGAUAUGAGGGACCUAAUGAAAGGCGAGCGAGACUUGGUUGAUAGCUACGAUUCCUUUUCCGUAGGGCUGAAAGCGCGGUCCGAAGGACUUAAGGUCCACCAUCCCGUCAUUAUGGUUCCCGGCGUCAUCUCAACUGGCCUCGAAUCUUGGGGGACUGCUAAUAUCUCUCGUCCGUAUUUUCGAAGGCGGCUCUGGGGUAGCUGGACUAUGAUGAGAGCACUAGUCCUAGACAAGGAGAUAUGGAAGAAGCAUAUUAUGUUGGAUAAGGAAACAGGGUUAGAUCCGCCAAAUAUCAAAUUAAGAGCUGCGCAGGGCUUUGACGCAACGGACUUCUUCAUUACGGGGUACUGGAUCUGGAGUAAAAUCGUGGAGAAUCUGGCGUCUCUAGGUUACGACCCGACCAAUUCGUUCACAGCCGCUUACGAUUGGCGCUUGUCGUAUCAAAACCUCGAGCUACGAGACCAAUACUUUACGAAAUUAAAAAGUUAUGUGGAGCUUGCGCACGAGUUCUCGGGUCAAAAGGUGGUUCUUACGUCCCACAGCAUGGGUAGCCAGGUUCUAUUCUAUUUCUUCCAUUGGGUAGCAUCCGCGCAAGGUGGUAAAGGCGGUGACGAUUGGGUCGAGAAGCACGUCGAAGCCUGGAUCAACAUUAGUGGAUGUAUGCUGGGUGCGGUAAAGGAUGUGACUGCAAUUCUCUCAGGCGAAAUGCGCGACACGGCGCAGCUAAACGCUUUUGCGGUAUACGGACUUGAGAAGUUCCUCAGCAAAGAUGAACGGGCUGAAAUAUUUCGUGCCAUGCCAGGCAUGUCGUCGAUGCUGCCGCUUGGUGGAGACGCAGUUUGGGGGAACUUAACAUGGGCGCCGGAUGACAAGCCCGGGCAGAAGACCUCGUUUGGCUCAUUUUUAAACUUCCGUCGUGGUCUUAACUGGACCACGCCGGAUCAAAAUCUCACUGUCAGCAACGCAAUACAGUAUUUAUUCGACACGACCGACGACUGGUACCGUGAUCAGGUAAAGAAGAGCUUCUCUCACGGUGUGGCUCACACCACCGCCGAGGUAGAAGCCAACGAGCUUGACAGUCGUAAAUGGGUCAAUCCUCUGGAGACGAGGUUGCCCUUAGCUCCAAGCUUGAAGAUUUAUUGUUUCUACGGCGUGGGGAAGCCAACCGAGAGAGCAUACUACUAUCGCAGCCCCGAAUAUCCGGGCCUCACAAACCUCAAUGUCACUAUUGAUACAGCACUGACCGUUGACGAGAUCGACCACGGUGUAGUCAUGGGGGAGGGCGACGGGACGGUUAAUAUUCUAAGCAGCGGUUAUAUGUGCUCUAAAGGUUGGCGCAUGAAGCGAUAUAACCCAGCCGGCGCGAAGGUCACGGUCGUAGAAAUGCCUCACGAGCCCGAAAGAUUCAAUCCUCGCGGAGGACGGAAUACAGCAGACCACGUGGAUAUUCUGGGGCGGCAGGCGCUUAAUGAGCUGAUACUGCGCGUCGUGGCUGGCAAGGGACCGAUGAUUGACGAUUAUAUCGUUAGUAAUAUUUUGGAAUAUGCGAAUAAUGUUCAGAUUUUCGAAGAGGAGGAUAAAUAAGAUAUGGCGAAGGGGGACCCGGGGGGAGUGUUAGAUUAGACUUGGACUUGUAAAAUAUGGUUACAUCAAGAAGUACCUAA